AUAACAGUGAGAACACUAUACUGUCUGUGACAAACAACAGUGAGAACACCAUACUGUCGGUGACAGAUAACAGUGAGAACACCAUACUGUCUGUGACAGAUACCAGUGAGAACACCAUAUUGACUGUGUCAGAUACCAGAGAGAACACCAUGCUCUUUGUGACAGAUACUAAUUGGAACACCAUACUGUCUGUGACAGAUACCAGUGAGAACACCAUACUGUCUGUGACAGAUACCAGUGAGAACACUAUACUGUCUGUGACAGAUAACAGUGAGAAAACCAUACUGUCUGUGACAGAUAACACUGAGAACACCAUAAUGUCUGUGACAGAUACCAGUGAGAGCACGAUUCUGUCUGUGACAGAUAUCAGUGAGAACACCAUACUGUCUGUGACAGAUAACAGUGAGAAAACCAUACUGUCUGUGACAGAUACCA